AUGAGCUUGGGGAAAAUUUUAACAUGGGUGUCAUAUUCUCUUAUUGUGUGUGAGUGUCACAAUCGUAAGGGACGCGACGAAGACGGCUCGAAACUAAUACGCAUCAACGGUGACGUAAUCCUCGGUGGAAUAUUCCCUAUGCACGAGCAGGUGCCUGGUUCUAUGGGUCAGUCGCCAUGCGGUGCAGUGAAAGAGGAAAAAGGAAUGCAACGUUUGGAGGCAAUGUUGUAUGUUCUCGACGAGAUUAAUUCGGACGAUGAUUUAUUGCCUAACACCACUUUAGGUGCACUCAUUCUCGAUUCCUGCAGCAGCGAUACUUAUGCUCUCGAUCAGAGCAUGGAAUUUGUCCGCUCUUAUAUGAACCAAGAUAUAUCCGAAUAUAAAUGUGAAAACGACAAACCGCCUAUGUAUGUGCCCCAUAAACCUGUGACAGGCGUUAUAGGAGCUUCGUUCAGUGUAGUCUCCAUUAUGGUGGCCAAUAUUCUCCGAUUAUUCAAGAUACCACAAAUAAGUUAUGCGUCAACAAGCACAGAACUUUCGGAUAAAAGUCGGUUCGAAUACUUCAGCAGAGUGGUACCACCGGAUAAUUUUCAAGCCCAAGCGAUGGUUGAAAUUAUUCACCAACUCGGAUGGAAGUACGUUUCUACAGUAGCAGUUGAAGGUGAUUAUGGAGAAAAGGGUAUCGCUAGUUUUAUUUCCUUGUCCAUGGAAUACGGUAUCUGCGUAGCCGUUAGUGAGAAGAUCUUGAGAAAUUCAAAAACUGAAGAUUUCGAUAAAAUCGUCGAACGACUGAAUUCGAAGCAUAACGCCAGAGGCAUCGUUCUGUUCGUCGAUGAGGAUAAUAUAAGAAAGCUUCUUCUUGCAACUGUCAGAGCCAAUCGUACGGGGCAUUUUAUGUGGAUAGGCAGUGAUUCAUGGGGUGCGAAAGUGUACCCCGUGAGAGAUCAAGAAUUUGCUGCAGAAGGUGCAAUCACAAUAUUACCGUACAGAACAUCUCUUCUAGGUUUCGACAAUUACUAUCUAAAUCUUCGUCCAAGAAUGGAUAACGAGUGCGGAGGUCAAAGUGAGAGUAACGUGCCACACGAACAGCUACCUGGGAAAAUAGUGAACUGUCGGAACAUUUGGUUUCGCGAAUUUUGGUCUCAACAUCAUAAAUGCAGUUUCAAUACAAAUUCGACUGCAAGUGUAACACGCUGUACUGGCACCGAGGAAUUAAUUGAUUACGAACAAGAAGGAUUGGUACCGUUUGUCGUUGAUGCCGUUUAUGCUAUGGCACACGGUGUUCAUAAUUUAAUCGAAGAAGAAUGCGUGAAUAACUUUGGAAUUAGUCACCAUUUGUGCGAAGAACUUCGCCCGGCACCCAGUGGUCAGCAAUUGCUUCAACACAUUCGAAAUGUUAGUUUUAUCGGUCGUCAGGGUACCGAAAUAAAAUUUAAGUCCGACGGUGAUGCGUAUGGAUUUUAUAAUAUAUACCAAUACCAGAGAAAAGAAGACGGUCGUUUUGAUUACGUUCUCAUUGGUACAUGGAAAGAAGAACUGGUGCUUGACAUUAAUAUAACAAGAUGGGCGACAGGAACUGGACCAGUUCAUAUCCCUCGAAGUUUAUGCAGCGAUAACUGCCCGCUAGGUCAUGUACGCAAUUUUCAGGAAGCUUGCUGCUGGAGUUGUGUUGCAUGCCGCGAGGAUGCUUACGUAUUCAACGACACAUGUCGUAGUUGCGGUCCAGGAUACGCUCCGGAUGAAACAAUGACAAAUUGUGUUAAACUUACAGCAGAAGUGAUUCCAUGGACCAGUCCAUGGGCGUUGGUGCCAUUAAUAUUCGCCUCCAUCGGCAUACUCAGUACUUUGUUCACAACAGUGGUUUUCAUUCGGUUUAACCGUACACCAGUAAUCAUGGCAUCAGGACGUGAGUUGUGUUACGUGUUGUUAGUAGGAAUUCUAUCCUGUUAUGGUAUGAGUUUUGUAAUAUUAAGCAAACCAACUACAUGGAAUUGCACGUAUUUGAGAAUCGGUUUGGGCUUAUGCCUAAGCAUUUGUUAUAGCGCGAUACUGACUAAAACAAAUCGGAUAUCACGUAUCUUCAAUCAAGGAACGAAGAGUAUAAAGAGACCUUCUUACACGUCGCCGAAAAGUCAAGUGGUAAUUGCUAUCGGGAUCACUGCAGUGCAGUUAGUUGGCGCUAUCGUCUGGCUAAUUAUCGAACCACCGGACACCACGGAAAUUCAUCCGUACCCUCUAUCAGCAGUGCUCACAUGUCGCGUUUCCACAUUUUCUCUCAUGAUGUCUCUUGUGUACAAUAUGUUCCUAAUACUCAUGUGUACCCUGUACGCGUUCAAGACGCGUAAAAUACCGGAGAACUUCAACGAGGCGAAAUACAUCGGUUUUACAAUGUAUUCAACCUGCAUCGUAUGGUUAGCAUUCGUGCCCAUCUACUUUGGCUCGAACAAUGAUUAUAAGGUACAAAUAGCAAGUAUGUGCAUGUGCAUCAACAUCUCUGCGUCAGUAGCCCUUGGAUGCCUCUUUACGCCAAAGGUAUAUUUGGUACUUUUUCAACCCUACAAGAAUGUUCGACUUGGACACGCUAAUACGGGUGCACUUCAAAGUGGUAAUCGUGCAACAUACAGUAUGCGAUUCUCUUGUGGUCGUAGUCAAACGAUGCAGAGCAUGACUUCAUGUUCUCGGAGCAGUCCGCCGGCAUCACGUCCAGAUCAGGACGAGACGAAGCAUGCCAACGAAUGUCAGAGGAAAAUUCGCGAGACCACGGUGGAGGUAUAUAACAAAGACGAAGAUGACCGCAAGCUCUCUACUGUCCAGGAGAUAUUAGAAUCGAGGGACAUUUCCAGUCCUUCGUUGUUCAAUAAGAACUGCCGAAAUCUAAACCAGAAGUCGAUUUCCAGCGAUUCUGAUCAGUCGAGUGAUCCAGCGUGUAAGAAUCACAUGGGAACAAUCAGUUGCAUUUCCGAUAAACCGAAGUCUCAUAAGACAGAGGCUAACGUCUUUUCGAGCGAAGAUCAAACUUUCCAUGUCUACAGCGACUCACCGCCUACCUUCUCCGAUUUUUCAUCGUAA